AGAUUUAAGCGAUUUAAAAACAAAUUCAUUAAUACAAACAUGGUGCAAAACAAAAGCACCAAUGAACAGGAUGAAUCCUGUAAUAAAGAGAGUAGUCAAACCACAAUUACCCAUACAUCCAGACGUAGAACUAAAAGUUUCGUCUGGGACUAUUUUCGAAAAGAAGGAUGGUUCAACAACUUCAAAUUUAAUUAACCAUCUCGCCCGUAAGCACAGGAUAUUUAAGGAUAGUGUUAGUCGAUCUAGUAAUAUAAUUAUAAAUCAAUUUAUUAGAACUGAAAGCGAAUAUGAAUUGAUACGGCAAAAUUUAAUUUUAUUUAUCAUUGAUGAUUCGCAAGCAUUUAACAUUGAUGGUGAACGAUUAGCACAUAUCAUGCUUACUAACAGUGAAUGGACUUUUUUAGAUGAGUUGAAUGACAUUUUAAGUGGCUUUGAAGAAAUCACGACUUUAUUAAGUGGAAAUACUUAUAUAACUAUUUCUUUAAUAUAUCCAGCAAUUUCAGCAUUGGUUAAGACUUUAAAAGCAUCUCUUCAACAAUUUUAUAUUGAAUCAGUUUUAACAGACAUAAAUGAAUUAACGAUUCUUGAUGCCAUAGAAGAAGUUAUCGAUGAUAUUAAGGAUUUCGUUGAAAUUAGAGAAGUCGAUCCUGAAUUAGGAAUUAUUCAUAAAAAAAUUGAUAUUUCAAUCCCAAUGGUUACAAAUGGAAUGCUUGAAAAAUUCAAAAAAGUACUUUACGAUAGUAUGCAUAAAUAUUGGCAAUCGGUUACUAACAUUGGAAUGCUUGCAUGUUUGCUUGAUCCACGUUUCAAAAAGCUACAUUUUACAAACAUAAGUGUAAUUCAAAGAACAAAUGAACAUUUGAAACAAUUAUACGAAAUAGAGAGUAGAGUUUAUAUGGCUUCUCAACACUCGGCAUCCUUGUCUAAUAUUCAGGAAGAAACUUUUGAGAUUAGUAGAAUACAAAGAAAACAUAAAUCAAUUUUAUCAGAUCUAUAUGCUGCUGACAAUCCAAUUAAUGAAAUUGACGAAUACUUAUCUUUGGAAGAGGAAGGAGGCAGAACAAAUCCUUUUCAAUGGUGGAAAAUUAAAAAAAAACGAUUUCCUAUAUUAUCACAAAUUGCUUAA